AUGGUCUCGUUGAAGUUUAUUUUGCUGCUUUUGGCCUUAUACUAUUUUCUAGACGGUGUUUCGGCCGUGACCUGUGAUCUUGCCCCCACAGAUGCCAGCUGCAUUGACUGUCGGGUUUACCCCACCCACAUCGAGUGCUUGCAGAGACUUUGGGCGCCAACUACAACUGCAGCGCCACUGAUCGUAGCCACCACCAGGAGGUCCCGAAUCGGCAGGAUUCGCAACUUCUUCAGCAGUUUUCUCACACGAGUCAGAAGUAAAAGUUGGUUCUGA